AUGAGGAUGAUCCUGGUAGCUCUGCUGGUGCCUCUACUGGUUCUGUCCAGCGCUGGACAUACCUCAGGUACGAUUGUCACCAGCUGCGAGGCCUGUCACGAACAAGCCGUCUGCCGCACCUCGCCCAUGGCAGGUGACAUCACAUGCACCUGUAAGAAGGGUUUCUCCGGAGACGGCCUCAUCUGUUUACCUGGCCACACCGCGACCGACGACCAACACCACGCCUCUCGCCGUGUCCGCCGCUCCUAUCCCAUCUCCAACACCAACCUUGCCCAUGUCCGGUUCAGCUGCGGCUUUUAUGAGUGCGCCGACGGGGAGGACUGUAUCACGGUCGACGGCAUCCAGCAGUGCGCCAACCCCUGCAAGAUCUACACGGUCCUGAACGACCCGUGGCGUUCCACCAGCAACAAUGGGGGCGAGAAACACUGCGACCGCAACGUCCACUGGGACGGCUAUUACCGCAUGUACAUCGGUAACCAGAGCGUGUCCAUGCCGGACAAGUGCGUGGAUUCGUUCAAGUGCGGCACCCAGGCUCCCUUGUGGCUGGCGUUUCCUCCCCCCCAGCAGGUGGAUGAAAUUGUCCAGAGUGCAGUCUGCGCCAGCUUCAAUGAGGACUGCUGCUGGGUGCAGUCUCAGCCCAUCCACGUCAAGGCAUGCCCUGGGAACUACUUUGUGUACAAGUUGGUCAUGCCUCCCGGGUGCUACUUCGCCUAUUGUGCAUAUGUGUCAGCUCCCACCACAACACCAAAACCUGUCACCUCGACAAGAACACCAGUAGACAACAAUCGCACCACAACAACAACACAGUCACAGGUUGUCACGACUACGCCAAAAGCAAUGUGUGGUACCUGCAGAGCGGGGGAGACCUGCGUGAGCAAUGAUGGGGUCACUUGGCGGUGUGAGAGGCCAGAUCAGCCUGUUUUGCUGCACCCAGCGGUAGUGUGUGGGGGGAGUCUGGUACAGGUGGGUCUCAACAGGACUAACCUGGAGGCCGCUGGUCUGGAUGCCACCACCGCUAACCUGGCCGACCCCCGGUGUAACGCUCACGAAGAGCGUGGCGGCAUGGUAUGGUACCAGGUGGAGCGCACGGAGGGCACCUGCGGAAACACUCUGGAGACCAACGGAACUGACGCCAUCUUUUCCAACAGUUUAUUCAUCUACCACAUUCACGCCGUGUCCUUCAGCCGACCCGUGAGCGUGCCUUUCUCCUGUGCCUACCCUCUGGAAUCAGAGACCAGCCUGGAUGUGGCCAUCAAACCCUACCUGUCGCUGAAGGAUGUCCAAGUCGGUAAGGGCUCCAAAGUGGGCUCCAACAUGACUCUGUACCACAGCGACAACUUCACAAAGGCUUACCCAGCGGGCGGAGUCACCUUGCCGGUGGGUUCCGUGCUGCACGUGGGUGUGUCCGUAGAGGAGUCCGAGACGGAGCGUUUCGUGGUCGUUCUGGAGGACUGCUAUGCCACACAAUCCCCCGACCCUAAAGACAUCAUGCGAUACUACAUCAUUCAGAACAAAUGUCCGACUGAAUUCCGUCAGGUGAGGGUGGAGGAGAGCGGCUCGUCUCUCAGGGCUCACUUCUCUGCUCUGCUGUUCCUGUACCAGGGGGACUACCGGGAUGUCUUCCUACACUGCAGACUCAGCCUGUGUGACCUGAGGAGCUCCUCCUGCACUCCAGUGUGCAACAAAAGGAAAUACCGCUCUGUCACCCCCUCUGUCCCCCUCGAACCCCUCACCAUCGGACCAAUCACCUUGCAACUGCCCGUGGCCCCCCCUCCACCUAUACCACUUCCUGUGGCCUUCCCUCCACCAUUCCGAGGCUUAUCGUCCACCUUCACCACAAUAUGUGGCCUCCCCUCCAUGGAGUCCACUCUCGGGGACAGGAAGGUGACGCGCCAGAGCACAAAGCAGCAGUAUCCCAUCACCCAAGACAGGUUUGAUAAAUGCAACCAGGUGCUGUGUAAGGAGGGCCUCGACAAGCGUCAUUACCUGGAGGUGGAGUGUCUACACAACGUUCACAUAGGCAUGGCCUACAAGGGAAUCGAGAGGAAAGGAACCGGUGAAAGCAGCGAAGCUUCGCGCUACCGGCUGCUGGCACAUCAGCAGACGAAAUGCACCGCAGACCACGCCGAUUAUGCUGUUUACGUGUCCUAA